CUGUGUCUGUGUGUGUGUCUUGGGGAAGCAGAGUCCGUCGGAAACGAUGCCUCCGCCAUCAGACAUCGUCAAAGUGGCCAUCGAGUGGCCAGGUGCUAAUGCUCAGCUCCUUGAAAUCGACCAGAAACGGCCCCUGGCAUCCAUCAUCAAGGAAGUUUGUGACGGGUGGUCCUUGCCCAACCCGGAGUACUAUACCCUGCGCUACGCGGACGGCCCCCAGCUCUACAUCACCGAGCAGACUCGCAGCGACAUUAAGAAUGGGACCAUCUUGCAACUGGCCAUCUCCCCGUCCCGGGCCGCACGCCAGCUGAUGGAGAGGACCCAGUCAUCCAACAUGGACACCCGACUGGACGCCAUGAAGGAGCUGGCCAAGCUCUCGGCAGACGUGACGUUCGCCACUGAGUUCAUCAACAUGGAAGGCAUCGUCGUGCUGACGCGGCUGGUGGAAAGUGGAACCAAACUCUUGUCCCACUACAGCGAGAUGCUGGCGUUCACCCUGACUGCCUUCCUGGAGCUCAUGGACCAUGGCAUCGUGUCCUGGGAUGUGGCGUCCGUCUCCUUCAUUAAGCAGAUUGCAGGCUACGUGAGCCAGCCCAUGGUGGACGUGUCCAUCCUUCAGCGGUCCCUGGCCAUCCUGGAGAGCAUGGUCCUGAACAGCCAGAGUCUGUACCAGAAGAUCGCCGAGGAGAUCACUGUGGGACAGCUCAUCUCUCACCUCCAGGUCUCCAACCAGGAGAUUCAGACCUACGCCAUUGCACUGAUUAACGCACUUUUUCUGAAGGCUCCUGAGGACAAGCGACAGGACAAGCUUCUUAACCCUCUAGACCUACCUGUCACUGACAUGGCCAAUGCGUUUGCGCAGAAGCACCUCCGGUCCAUAAUCCUUAAUCACGUGAUCCGAGGGAACCGCCCCAUUAAAACUGAGAUGGCCCAUCAGCUGUAUGUUCUCCAAGUCCUGACCUUUAACCUUUUGGAAGAAAGGAUGAUGACCAAGAUGGACCCCAAUGACCAGGCUCAGAGAGACAUUAUAUUUGAGCUGAGGAGGAUUGCAUUUGAUGCAGAAUCAGACCCUAGCAGUGUCCCUGGGAGUGGGACAGAAAAGCGCAAAGCCAUGUACACCAAGGACUACAAAAUGCUGGGGUUCACGAAUCACAUCAACCCAGCAAUGGACUUCACGCAGACGCCACCUGGAAUGCUGGCCUUAGACAACAUGCUGUACCUGGCUAAAGUCCACCAGGACACCUACAUCCGGAUCGUCCUGGAGAACAGCAGCCGCGAAGAUAAACACGAGUGCCCCUUCGGCCGCAGCGCCAUCGAGCUCACCAAGAUGCUCUGCGAGGUCCUGCAGGUCGGGGAGCUCCCAAAUGAGGGGCGCAACGACUACCACCCAAUGUUCUUCACGCACGACCGGGCGUUUGAGGAGCUCUUUGGCAUCUGCAUCCAGCUACUGAACAAGACCUGGAAGGAGAUGAGGGCCACAGCCGAGGACUUCAACAAGGUCAUGCAGGUGGUCCGCGAGCAGAUCACGCGGGCUCUGCCCUCCAAGCCCAACUCGCUGGAUCAGUUCAAGAGCAAACUGCGAAGCCUGAGCUACUCUGAGAUCCUGCGGCUGCGCCAGUCAGAGAGGAUGAGCCAGGACGACUUCCAGUCCCCGCCCAUCGUGGAGCUGAGGGAGAAGAUCCAGCCCGAGAUCCUUGAGCUGAUCAAGCAGCAGCGCCUGAACCGUCUGUGUGAGGGCAGCAGCUUCCGGAAAAUUGGGAACCGCCGGAGACAAGAACGCUUCUGGUAUUGCCGCUUGGCGCUAAACCACAAGGUCCUGCACUACGGUGACCUGGAUGACAACCCUCAAGGGGAGGUGACGUUUGAAUCCCUGCAGGAGAAAAUUCCUGUUGCAGACAUUAAGGCCAUUGUCACUGGGAAGGAUUGUCCCCACAUGAAGGAGAAGAGUGCCCUGAAGCAGAACAAGGAGGUGUUGGAGUUAGCUUUCUCCAUCCUGUAUGACCCUGAUGAGACCUUAAACUUCAUCGCGCCUAAUAAGUAUGAGUACUGCAUCUGGAUUGAUGGCCUCAGUGCCCUCCUAGGGAAGGACAUGUCCAGCGAGCUGACCAAGAGUGACCUGGACACCCUGCUGAGCAUGGAGAUGAAGCUGCGGCUGCUGGACCUGGAGAAUAUCCAGAUCCCGGAGGCCCCCCCGCCGGUGCCCAAGGAGCCCAGCAGCUAUGACUUCGUCUACCACUACGGUUGAGCCUGGAGCCAGAGACGGCAGUGCCCAGGACGGGACUUGGGCCAGGAGGAACACUCACAGUCUGGUGCCUUGCCCUUUGCUUGUACAGGAUCUGUAGUGACUGCAGUGGUCAGUGAGCGCCAGCCAUCCCGGCAGCCCACCUCGGACCACCGUGCUUCCUCUUGGUCCCUGCCCACCAGGAGUCACGAGGGCCCGAGCCCCCAUCACCUGGGGGCCGGCACCUCACCAUGAGGAACGGACAGGCGCUCCUGCCUUGCAGCCCGCGGGACUGCUUCUUGAGCUGGAUUUAACAGCAGCCACUCCCCUUUCUUCCCGAGCCUGCUCUCUGGUCAUCUGGACCCCACGGGGACAAGAGCUGGCCCAGAAAGGCCGCCUCAGAGGGCAGCGGCGCUGGCGUGUCGACAGCCUCCGAGACACUGCCUUGGGUGGCCCGGGUCUCCCGUCCGUGGGGGCCCUGGCCUGUCCUUGCUAGACUCCUCAUCUGCCUUUGUCGGCUUCGUGAAGGCUCACGGUGGCCUCACACAGUGCAGAUGCCGCUGCCGCUGCCGUGUGUGGCUCUCGCAGCUCUGGUCUCGACCCCACCAGGCCUGGCUGUCUGCGCAGCUGUGGGGCUGAGGGACACAUCUGCUACGUGCUUUCGGCUGUCUGCAAGUCGAAGGCCUUCAGGCUAAGUCCCGCCCCCUGAGGCUCAAGAACCUGCUGGCAGAGGCCAGAGGAGGCCUGUGGUGUGGGCUGGAUCCCACUGCCCGCACACGAGCUCUCUUCUGGGAGAGAGAUUCUGCCUCACCUGAGUUGUUGCCCCUGCAGUGUGCUUCCUCUGGCCUCCCAGACCUCAGGAAGUUUGCCUCCCUCUAUCCCUCCCAUCCCAGCGCUGGGGUUUCGCCACCGGCCGUGAUGCCAGGGAGCAGCCUUUCCUGGGCGCCACUCUUGCGAGCCACGCGCAGCCCCUCGCUCGGACAGACCACCGCGCCGCACGCGUCGGUACCGCCCGGCGAAGAGUGUGCUAUAUAUUUUCUCUACUCACACAGACCUGUAUAUAUAUUUAUAUAAGACCUCCUGUCCUUGGAUGGAGUGGUUAUGGGAAAAUAAACUUGGAGGCCCCUCCCAAAAGAUACUGUAAAAAGACAGUAACACUUCCCAUUGUGAGCCAAGAUUAUAAUCCGAGAAGGGCCAGGAGCUUCCUGUCAGUAACCCAGUUUUCAAUAAAUACUCUUUCACGUACA